AGAGAGAGAGAGAGAGAGAGAGACGCAGUGGGAGGAAAACGAAAUAAGCGUUUUCCUCUCCUCCCUAAAGCAUCUCGGCGUGGGGGGAAUUGGGAGAGUGGGGACACUCAAAGGCAAAGUUGACGAACUUUGCUCAUCUUUUUAUAAACGCCAUUUUGAUUCCUGUCCGGAACAACUUUUGCAGCUUCUUUUUCUUUUUUCUUACUCUCUCUCCUCAGUUCAUCAUCACCAUCAUCAUGUCUCGGCGUAAGCAACCCAACCCCAACAAAGUCAAACUGUGAGCACUGGUGUUGACACACGAGGCGCGCUGUCGUCCAUCCUCAGCCACGAGCACCAGCAGCGUAAUACAACCUCGUCUGAGGACGGUUAUGGAAAAUUCAACAGAAGAGAUGAGAACAAAAUGGGCACAUUGCAUCUCCGCUGGGGAGGAGGAGGCGGAGCAAAGCGAGGACAGACAGAGCCCCGCCCCCACAGAGACACAAACGACACGUACAGAAGAGGAAAGAAAUGACUGGGAAAAUGGAGCGGACGUAGAGAUGGAGGUGGCCGACGGGGUGGACUUAUCUCCGAUUAACUCUAUGAUGAGCAAUGUGAUGAAUGCAGCCCAGCUUAAUGGUGGAGUAGACUCCGCCCACACCUUACCUAAUAAGGUGCCUGUCAAAAGCCCCGGCACCAACCGCAGUGGAAGAAAGACCCAGGAAGCCAAAGAUGACAGUGGGACUCUUGUCUGUCCGCUGUGUGAUAAGGGCUUUCAGACCCAACACCAGCUCACCAUGCACAUUCGCCAGCACAACACUGAUAGCGGGACAGCAGACCACUCUUGCAGUAUCUGCGGGAAGGCACUAAGCUCAGCUAGUUCUCUGGACCGUCACAUGCUGGUGCACAGCGGAGAAAGACCGUACAAAUGCAAUGUGUGCGGCCAGACUUUCACCACCAAUGGCAACAUGCACAGGCACAUGAAGAUCCACGAGAAAGACAACGCCACAUCCAUCCCCAACAGCCCCACCCUCCAGUCGCCAGGAAAACGAAGACGUUCUUCGGCUGCCAAACGCAAACUAAGUCAAGAUGAGGACAGUGAGCGGACAGAUGAGCCUUCUGGCAAAAAGGUCCUGGAGGAUAGUGGGGCAGACAAACAGGUUUUGAAAGGAGGGCAGGAGGAAGUGUUGUCCUGUCCUGUCUGCUUCGAGACCCUCACCUCCAAAAAUGACCUAGAUGCCCACAUGGAGACUCAUCCUGACACUACACUGAGAUGUGAUUUAUGCUGUAUCUCGUUCCGGACGCACCGUAGUUUGCUCCGCCACAACGCAGCUACCCAUAAGCAACUUCCCACAGACCCCAACGGGCGACCCUAUAUUCAGAACAACCCCUCCAUCCCUCUUGGCUUUAAUGAUCUGGCUUUCAUUGACUUUUCAUGUCACAAGUUCCCUCGCAUUGCCCAAGUUUGGUGUGAAACGAACCUUCGCAGAUGCACCGGCAAAUUCCAUCGUUUUGUAUGUGACUCCUGUGACAAGGCGUUUCCUCUGUGCUCAGCUCUGGACCUGCACAAAGCCUCACACGACAGUUCAAGUGACGCCCAAAAGACAACUUCACCAGCAGUUGUAAAAGAUAAGACUUCUACACCUGAGAAAAGCAACUUCAUGGACUUCUUGGGCUUGCAGCACAUCUCUCAAGUCAAGCCUGUCCCAUCAGAAGAGGAAACCCAGCAGGCUGUGCUAGACAGCAUCCGGGUUAUUCAUGUGGAGCCUAAUCAGUCCACUGUACCUCAGGAGCCUGGCCUUGUUGGAGGGGCUAGCCUGUCUCUUGUAGACCCAAUGACUCUUCAUGGUCUGUCCCAUCAAGAGGCUCUCAAACUACUGUCCCUUCAGCCCUUCCAAGUGCAGCCCUUCCUGAUGCAGCCAGAUGGUGGUGUGGUGGUGAAGCCUGUUUGUGGCGAAUCCACUAUGGAGUUUGCUGAUAUACAGCAGAUUCUUAAAGUAGCUUCAGCUGCUCCUAACCAGAUUGCGCUCCCACCCUUAUCGAAGGCACCUUGUAGUGCUGUGCAGUCAGGCUACAAGCAGAUGCCUCCACUUAAGCCAAAGCCCAUGGUGGCUCCCAGAACCAAUAUGGUAGCAUCAACCCCACCACCCCUCUUAAACACGCAGCAAGCAUCACUGGGCUGCAUUAGCCCCAGCCUUCCUCCCCUUGCAAGUCAUCCUCUUAAAACUGCCAGGAACCAAGCUAGCAACCAUGGUUCCACAGAGAGGAUACAAAUGGAGGCCGAAUGCAUGGGAGAUGCCCAUACCCCAAUGGAUAUGGAUGAAAAGCAUAUCAAGCAGGAAAUUGGCAAGUUGGAGGAAAACACUGGUAAGAAGGGAAAUCAAAAAGGCUCAUACCCAUGCCGAUUUUGUGAUCAGGUUUUUACAAUCUCUAGUGCACUGCAGGCACACAUGCGCUAUCAUUUGGGCAUCCUACCCCACCAAUGCAACAUCUGUGACUAUGUUGCCCCAGACAAAGCUACACUGAUUCGUCACUUGAGAACACACAGUGGUGAACGGCCCUACGUCUGCCGACUUUGUCAUUACCCGUUCACCGUCAAGGCUAACUGUGAGCGCCACCUACGCAAGAAGCACAUGAAAAACAAUCGCAAGGAGAUUGAGAAAAACAUUAAGUACGUUACCUCAUCCACAUCCACUGCAGAUAUUUUUGAGCAGGGCGGGUCUGGUGAAACUACCUGCCGCUAUUGUGGGGAAGACCUGAAGACCUUUCGGGAUCUACAGAUUCAUUUGCGAACUCACAAUGGGUGCCAACGAAAGCCAUUUGAAUGCAAGUGCUGUGGAGCGGCCUUCCUCGCUAAGCGUAACUGUAUUCAUCACCUUCUGAAACAACAUCUAGAUGUCCAGGAACAGGAUAUUGAGGAUCACAUCAUCACCCUAGUUGCUACAUCAACCCAAAAUAGCCCAAACCCAUGUAAUCUCAAUGGGGUUUCUCCUAGCAUGUUAGUGCAGUCUGUCAAAGUGGAGGACCUCAACUACUACAAUGCAGAUAUGGAUCAACCUCUGGACUUCUCUAACAAAAGUCGUGGGGGUAGUAGUGCUGGAAGUGUGAGUGGAUCACCUGGGCUUAAAGCUGAACCUGUUUCUUAUGACUCUUCUAUGGAACCUAUUGAUCUCUCUAUUCCUAAAAAUUCCAUAAAGAAGCUUAAACAAGACAUCAAUGCUGCAUUGCCCAGAGAGGUUAAGAAAGAACAGUCAUCUAUUAGCAUCCUUGCACAGGCUCUUCAGGCUGAUAGACCCAUUGAUGAGAAGUCUCAGCAGCUUGGCUGCUACCAGCUCCCCGUAGCCUUAACCACCUCUCUAACUGGUGGCACUGUUACAGGACGGGCGAUGCGUCUAAAGCCCCUGCUUCCUAAACCCUCAUCUGCAGCAGUGAAGGAACUUCCACCACUAGCGUCAAUUGCUCAAAUCAUCUCUUCUGUUUCUGGUGCUACUGACCUCCUUAAACGGGAAAACACUAACACCCCUCAAGUGGAUUCUGAUAAAACUGGCAAGAAAGAAUCCCCAGAGACCUUGAUAGAUGAGCUCCCCCUAAACAAUUCAAAGAGAAAGUCCAGGAAGAGGCCUUCCAACAGUGCAACAAGAGAGAAACCUCUGAUGAAUGCCACAGAUUCGAGUAUUGAUUUGGAGUCUAGUGGGGAGUUUGCUAGUGUUGAAAGGAUGUUGGCCACCACUGAUGCCAACAAGUUUAGCGCCUAUCUUCAGACCAACACAAUGGAGUUAGCAAGAAAAGGAGGGCCGCAACAGAGGGUUGGUGACGAGGAAGAGGUGAAAGAAGAGAAACACUCGCCUGCUCAACAGCGCGCUCACUCCCAGCAGUCCAAAGGGAAGAAGAAUGCGUACUCAAAUUCUGUGCAAAAGAUGACGUGUCCCUUUUGUCCCAGAGUUUUCCCAUGGGCCAGUUCACUCCAGCGCCACAUGUUAACACACACAGGCCAGAAGCCAUAUCCUUGUCCACAGUGUGAUGCCUUUUUCUCAACCAAGUCCAAUUGCGAGCGGCAUCUUUUACGCAAGCAUGGUGUUUCCAACAGAGUCCUAAGGCGCAACGGUGUGCUGCCAAAGUCUAAGGAAACAGAGGAAGGCUCACAAGAGAGUGCAGAAAGCACAUCAGAGGCGGAGCUUCCUGUGAAUGAGGCAAUGGAUCUCAGUUCAGACCCCGAAAAGCCCGUUGCAUCUGAUGCCGAGAAACCCUCACCGGCUAAGCCGACAGAGGCGGCUGUGGCAGAUAUGCUCCCUCAAAACGAGAUGGAGGAACCACAAGGUCUUGAGGCCUUGAAGGACAAUGACUCAGAAACAGAAAAUGAGGAUUCCCAUAUCAAUACAAAACUCGACUUGACCUUUGCCUCCAAACCAGUGGACAUCAAGUUCACAGAGAAUGACCAAUUACAGUGCUCCCCUGCGGCGGAAGCCGACACGUCUGCCAAAGCGACACUGCAGGACGAGUCCAAAUUUACCUGCAAGAGUUGCAACAAAAGCUUCCGCUACGCCGCCACACUGACCAGACAUGAGAAAGUUCACCAGCUGGACAUAGCGUCAGACUGUACUAACGUACCUUCAAAAGCAGAUGAUCCGACUGUGCCUUGCGAAGCUAAGAACGAAGCAGAGGAGGUAGCGGAGAAAUGUUUCAAAAAGAACACAGCCGAGAUCGAAGGAACGGGCAGCGUGGCGGAGAGCGGCUCAGAGGACGAUAAAGAGGAGAGAAGUGACGAAGAGGGAACCCCAACUGAACCAAAGAGUGCUGAGGGAGAGGCCAGGGAACCUGGCAGCAAGCCGGACAAGAGGAAAAAGGUGUGCAGUAUAUGUAACAAACGUUUCUGGAGCCUUCAAGACCUCACCAGACACAUGCGCUCUCACACAGGUGAGAGACCUUACAAGUGCCAGACGUGUGAGCGCACCUUCACCCUAAAGCACAGUCUGGUCCGGCACCAGCGAAUCCACCAGAAACCUCGUGGGACGGACGAAGAGGGGUUCAGUGGGCGCUCAGCCAGCGAAAGCGAAUGCACGCCUACCAGCACCAAUCCACCCUCUGAAAACGAGAGUGAGAUAACAGAGACUAUGAACGGCGAUUCAUCCACACAGAUGAGAGACGAGGAUUGUGCAUCUACCGAUAAGGUUGUGGGGAACAAAAGUGAGGACUCACCCACCAUAGAUCCACCAGAGAGACUCCUCAAAGGUUUACUGGAGAUCCACACCAAGCCCACUACUGAGCACAUUUCGGCCACCUCGGAGCCGCCGCUUCUUGGCGUGGAGUGAGGAGCGACUCCUGUUGUGCGGUGCCAUAUAACAAAAGACUGUUUUCAAGUGCCUUUCUACUUUUUUGCUAUAUCUUUAUCAGCAUUUAUCUUGAUCUAAAGUUGAUUUUUAUAGUAUUUUACGAUGAUUAUUAUGAAUUUUUCUUUUGUGGAAUCCUGAGAGAACUACUUUAAGCAAUAUAUGAACAAAUUAGUAUAUUUUGUACAGCAAAACUGUCCUAUAAGGAGCAGGUUUAUUGAGCAUAAGCCGAGAGUAGCAAAGGGACUUAUUUCUACGGAAAGGCUUGCAUAACUGGAAUAUAAGAAGACGGGCUUUUCUGAAAUUUUAAUUUUCCCUUUAAUUCCUUCCAGAGUAAGGGCAAUAAGGAACGGCCAAGCAAAGGGGUCUAUUAAAGUUGCAGUCUUAUAAAGUAUAUGGGCAAUGUUUGUCCAAAAUAAAUCAUUAAUUGUCCAGUUAUGCUGAUGGGACGGGAUGCAGUAUUUUUAACUUAUGCUUUCCCUCAAUCCCACUCUCAGCUACUUCAAACACAGCGAGGUAGCCUGCAAGUAUGAAAUCUUGUGUACUUGAUUGAAAAAUGUACCUGCGUCCAGGGUUAACGUCUUCCAAAAACAUACUUUGUUUAAGCCUUACUCUCAUUCGGAGCUUCAGGCUGGUGUCUCGCUUUUCGAACCAGAAUUCAUGGAGUACUUGAACACUGUCGCCCUGCUGCCUCCUGUCAGGAUGUGGUCCUGCAGUGCUCCCGUAUCAAUCACACAUUCUUUUGUAGUGUUGGAUAUCUCAUUGACCUCUCUCAGUUUUAUGAACUUGUGUUGUGAAGAAACCUCAGAAACAAAGCAAACCUCAAAGGACAUGGAGACUGUUUGUAAUAGCUUGGACCGGUCUUCUAUCAAAGCGAGGACCGAACGUCAAGUGCUGUAAUGAAAGUGAGUUUCUUUAAUGGGGAUAGAGAGGGAGCUUGCCUCUGAUUGGAUGCCAUCGAACAUCAGGCCCUGUUCACCCCCUAGUGGUGAAAAUCUGGCAUCUCUGCUCAGGCACGAGACUUAUAGUAUUGGAUGAACUUGAAUGCAAUUGCAAUCGCUUUCUCGAUCUGUUUUCCAGGACUCCCCGAUGCCUUUUCCUGGGUUCAAGCGAGCGUGUUAUGUGUGCGAAAGUGGUCGGUUACUCACAGACUGUUUUUAAUGUAUUUAUUGUGACCCAGAGCGGGUGAAUGUGGAGAAGCCAUGUAUUAAAACAAUUAUGCUGCGUAAGAAAUGAUUCAAGUUCAAUACAUAGCAGCCCAUCUUUGAUUUGGGUCUUCGAUAACAAUAAUCAUUUUCGAUCCAAAAGCUUUACGUAGACGUUUGUAUGCAUUUUAUAGAACGAGUGAUCUGUUAUCUUUAUUAUUAUUAUUAUUAUUAUUAAUUAUUAUGAUUGAUGAUUUCAGUUUGAGAGAUACAAGUUGUUUUCAUUGAUAUAUUCUUGGCAUAUAAACUGUGAAAUGUGUUAUUCUGCUAUGGGUGAAUCUGUAGGGUAGUUUUGCAUGUUGUUCAUUUAUAGAUUAUUAUUUUCUUUUCUUUCGGUUUUUGACCCACCUGCCACCCCACUGUCUCACUCUCAGGGUUCUUACAUAAAGGAUUUCUCAAAUCAUAAUUUGCAAAACAUUUUAUUAAUCUUUUUCCACCUUUGAUUUUUGAAGAUGUUGAUCCAUCAAUCACUACUUUUAGCACUUGACUGUGAAUUCAGAUGAACAGGGUGGAGUUCAAAUCCACAUUCCUCUCAUGGGGUUUUCUACGAGAUUUGUUCUUUUCCUCUCUUUUUUUAUUUUUAUUUCUAUCCUCCCUGUUCGGACAAACGGAGGUCUGUCACUCUUUGACGUGCCGACUGAUGUAAAAGGGAGCUUUGCUGCUACAUCCCCAAAAAUAAAUCUACUGGACUUGAAUGGAAACAGAAUCACCAGAACAUUUUGGUACACUACUCUUGUUCCUCGAAUAAGUGCUUCAGAAUCUGUUCUGUAUCAAAACUAUUCAAGCAAUAAAGAUAUACAUGAGA